AUGCCAGUGGAUAAAUUGCUCAAACGCCUCGUCAAUUUCAAAAAAUUUAAAGAACAUUUGACAAUGAUUUGUAAAAAACGUAAUCUAGAAAUCACAACGGUCGAAAAAUGUAUAGGUGGUCUCUAUCACCAUACAUCUAAAUCUCUUCAUGGACGGAUUCCAUAUCCAGUCAAACCUACAGAGCUUGACUGGAAUAAGACUGAAUUAAUGGCACUUGUUGCUAGUUUUAAUUAUUAUAAAAUUUCUCGCAC